AUGGAUGACUACGCAUGCGUUACGUACGAACAACUGAAGUUAAAGCAAGACGAGGUGACGGUGAGGAAAAACGUCAAGUUGACGCAGGACUCUACCGAAUGGAUCGAGGGAGUGGGAUUUCAAGUAAACGACAUCGCUGAACCUUCUAGGAUACCCAAGACACUGCAGCGACAUUAA